ACUGCGCAUGCGUGAGCCCUGUUGCGACCCUCCUGUCCAGUAGGUGGCGCUACCGGUAGGUUCCUGUAGGUGUCAGCUCCGCUACAUGUGUCAUUGACAUCAACAGAGGCACAAUGAGGCUGACCGCUCUGCUGUCGAUGGCAGCCAGGGUCAUUGUGCCCAAAGAUUACCGUUACGGCACCAACAGGCCGUGGACAGCCGCUGCUAAAAGGUUAAAUCCACCGGGGAAGAGGAGGAGGAAGGUGUUUGUUGAGCCGAUAGCGCCAGAGGAGUGGUCUGUGCUCAAAGGGGACACGGUUGAGAUUCUGAAAGGCAAUGACAAGGGAAAGCAGGGGAAAGUUAUUCAAGUCUUCAGACGCAGAAACUGGGUCAUCCUGGAGGGACUGAACACACAUCACAGGUAUAUUGGAAAAACUGCAGAUUACCGUGGGACGUACAUUGCCAGUGAGGCUCCCAUCCUGGUCCGUGAUGUUGCCCUCGUUGACCCCUCAGACAGGAAACCCACUGAGGUCGAGUGGAGGUUCACAGAAGAGGGUGAUAGAGUCCGAGUGUCGCUCAGGACGGGGAGAAUCAUCCCGAAACCAGUUGUGGAGCGACGAGAUGGCAUUGUGCCGCAGCAGUGGAAAGAUGGACCUAAAGAUACCAGUCCCGAAGAUGCUCUUGAAAAGACAUACAUACCAUCUCUGAAAACCCUGGAGGAGGAGGUCAUGGAGAAACUCGGUAUCCAGGAGAACAGGAGGCACCGAACGUCCUACUGGUACUGACCAGACAAAUCAGAGACGCUUAGCCUCCCCUUUGUGCUGACCAGUUUUCACAGGAACUCUGGACAUACCUUGUUCUGGAGUUGAGCAGAAGGUCAGGUCAAACAGAGACUGUGAAGAUACCAAGUGGAGGCUGUACGGACUCUUAACAAACUGCUGCACCAUGAAAAUGAUUAAGAAAACAAUAUGAGGAAGUGAAGUCAGACUGCAGUUCACUUAGGUGUCACUUUGUUUCUUUAUAGUGUUGUGAAUAAAUGUCAGACUAAAGUGUU